AAUUCAAUUUAAGAUAAAUUAUCUAAUACCAAAUUCCUUUUUUUCCUGCUAAUUAAAUCGAUGCGCUCCUCCUCCAUCUACUACUACAUCUUCUCCUCACUCUUGGAUUUCACUUCACUAUUACCUCUCUCGGUUUCUCUCCUUUUGGCCCGCCAUGGCAAUCUCCUGCAAUUUUCUUCGCGAAUCUCGCCGCAAUUUGUGGAAAUCGGAGAGAUCGAGAGAGAGAUAUAGCGUUACUGCAGGGAGAGACGAGUUUCCGGCGGCCGUCUCGAGACGGCGAGUGGAUUGCGACUCUCUAAACGGGUUGGGUGUUUGCCUUGAUCUGUGUAGUUUGUGGUCAUGGAUACGAUAAACAUUACGUGGUGGGAGGAGUUGACAUGGCGAGGCUACAUCAUGAGCGAGGACGGGUCUCAGUUCUGCCAGGUGAAUCCAGCCACUGUGAACUCGUUCGGUAUGUGGGAGAUAUUUACUUUCAAAGCUCAAGGGAUGGGGUUUUGGGAGUACCCUCUUCCCAAUCUCGAGUUUAUGAUCCUGGCCGCGUUCUUGCUCUGGCGGUUCUUUGACUUCUUGUGCAAGAAGUCGGGUUUUCGCAUACCCAAAUUCACUUGCAUGAUGUUGGCCGGGCUUGUCCUAAGCCAAGCUUCACUUCUCAGCCAAGGUUCCUUGAUUCGUAGUAUCGUUUUCCCUGAUGAUUACAAACCGAAGAUCCCCGAGACCCUUGGGGCAUUUGGAUUUCUCCUCUAUUGGUUUCUGAAAGGUGUGACCAUGGACAUUGGGACUUUUGCAAAGACGGGAAAGAAGUCUGUCUUGAUCGGGUUUACAACAAUGGCAGUGCCAUUGCUUUUGGGUUCCAUCGUUUUCAUCAUCAGAAUGAGAGCUGGGAAAAUGGAGAUGACACUGUUUGAAUACAGAGCAAUCAUAUUCAUGAAUAGCGUAUCACCCUUCACAGGCAUCGAUACGCUCUUGAGAGAUCUCAAGUUCAACCACUCGGAGUUUGGACGGAUCGCACUGUCUUCAGCAACGGUGACUGACAUGAUGGCCUUUGUCAUUACUUUCCUUUCCGCAAUACGGUGGGAUAAGGCUCUGGGCAUUUUGCAAUCGCUUGUUGCUUGUGUGUUCUUCGCCUCCAUGUUUUUCUUAGUAAGACCGGCUAUGUUCUGGGUCAUCAGACAGACACCAGAAGGACGACCCAUCAAGGAUAUCUACAUCUAUGUCGUUCUCAUGCUCGCCUACUUAUCUUUUCAUUACUGGCACCAUAUGGGACAGUUUGGCCCAGCCGGGUCGUUUGUUCUUGGUUGGGCAAUCCCGGACGGGCCUCCCUUGGGGUCUGCUUUGGUACACAGAUUCGAGAACUUCAAUUUUGGUAUUAUCUUGCCACUCUUUGGAUCACUCGCAGCUAUGCAGGUAGAUUUACAAUGGUUGAUCGGGGAGAUCAAGAACUUUACACAUAUGGAUGGUCGAGUUUACGAGGCCAUGUCCAUGAUUUUGCUCUUGUCUGCUACGAAAUUCAUCAGCUCCAUAAUAGUUGCAUUUGCUGUAAGAAUGCCUUUGAGAGACUCCAUUGUCCUUGCUCUUGCUCUGAGCAACAAGGGAAUCUUUGAGCUUGCCUUCUUUGUGUCCUUCGUUGAAUUAAAGGUUGUCCACCCGAAAGUCUUCACGAUCAUGGCCACAGCUAUACUCAUGAACUCGCUGUUUAUACCAAUCACCAUUAAACUCUUGCACGACCCGUCAGAAAAAUUCCGCUGUUACGGAAGAAGGAACCUAUUGAACCUGAAAGACGACUCGGAACUCCACGCCCUUGUGUGCAUUCACAAGCCUGAUCACAUAACGUCCAUGAUCAACCUCCUCGAAGCUUUUCAACCAUCAGAACAUUCACCAGUGUCAUGCUACGUCCUUCACCUCAUCCAGCUCGUGGGUCGGGCAAUUCCUAACUUCAUCUCUCACCAGGUCCAGAAACCGGCGGUCGGAAGCCAGUCCUGUUCCGACAACGUCAUCGCCUCUUUCAAAUGCUUCCACCAGAAAUUCUCUGACUCGACAUCUCUGUACAUGUUCACCUCUUUCUCCAUGGUCAAACACAUGCAUGAGGACAUUUGCUGGCUCGCCCUGACCAAGGGUCUAUCCCUAAUCCUUCUUCCUUUUCACCGUACAUGGUCUAUUGAUCGGUCGACCAUCGUCUCUGAUGACGAUACCAUGAGGAGUGUCAACCGUAAUAUCUUGAGACAGGCCCCUUGUUCGGUCGGAAUCUUCGUCUACCGUAAGCCCCUCCGGAACCCACAAAUGACGGAUUCCAAUAUCAAGGUCUGCUUGAUAUUUUUGGGCGGGAAAGACGACAUGGAAGCCAUGGCGUUAACCAACCGAAUGAGGCGUACGAACAGAGAGAUAAGCCUGACUUUCCUGCGAUUCAUCCCGAAAACAUCCGUGUGGGACAGCAAGGGGACUAUGCAGGAUCUCAUGGACCGGAAGGAAAUCAUGGAGAGGAACGAUUGUUUCGACAUGGAAGGCCAUCAUCCGGUAGCGUACCUCGACAAUGAGGUGUCGGAUGGGUCGGAGACGUCGAUGUUUCUGCGGUCGAUGGCCCACGAGUACGACCUGUUCAUAGUGGGAAGAAGCAGCGGGAGAAACUCAAUGGCCACGAGAGGGAUCACUGAAUGGACGGAGUUCGAGGAAUUAGGACCCAUUGGAGAUUUAUUAGCGUCAAAGGACUUCCCUACCAGGGCUUCUGUGUUGGUGGUGCAGCAGCAAGAUUUCAGAGAUCACAGAUAGAAACCCGUAGGCGAUUCUUUUACUUCCCAGUCCGAUUCUUUUUACACAGGGAUUUAGACGAGGAGAUUUAUAUAAGCGAUUUUCGGGAAUUUUCGAAAUCGGAUCUAUCUCGGGUAUGCCAUGAAAGCCCUCAUAUGGUCUCCGUCGACUUCCUCGACAUCAAACGUACGUGGAUUAUUCUUUUUAUUUUUUUUAAAUGUAUAUUUGUGGUACGCAGACCGAUGAAUGCAUCGGUUAGAAAAGAAAAGUGGAGAGUAUAGUAAUGAGAGUGAAGAGAAAAAGUAAGGUUAGACCUAGACUUACUUGGGAACGGGAACGUGUAAUUAGAAACGAUUUGGAAUUGUUAUAAAUUUCGAAAGAGUUAAUUCAAAAUCGAAAUGAAUGGAAACG